UCCAUAAGGAAAGGAAACACGAGAUUCAAAGUUGGGACAAGAAUCGUGCUUGAAAAGACAUAUGUUUGUUCAGCAGCAGGAGUAACAAACAAUGGAAAGAACAAAAAGAAAAAAGUGCAAACAGUUGUUCCUGUGGUGCCCAAAAAAGAGAGAAAACCAAGGCAAGUUUCGAUCACGAGAACUCAAUGUAGGGCUUGCUUGAGAGUGAAAAUGAAUUCUGAAGGCAGAUAUGAGGUUGUUAAUCAUGUGAUAAUGCACAACCAUGAUUUAACUAGAAGUCAAUGGCACUACUUGCAUAGAUCUGAAAGGCAAAUAACGGAAGAGAAGAGGGAGGCAAUUGAAACUAUGCAAAAAUCUGGUCUGUCAUCCACGGCUUCCUUUAACUACAUGGCAAUUGAAGCUGGAGGUGAAGAAAAUUUGGGACACUCGAAGAAAGACCAUCUAAAUUACUGCACGAGGUUAAAAAUGAAGCAAAUAGAAGGAGGUGAUGCACAAGCAGUAACUGACAUAAUGUAUUUAGAGCUUGAAGGUGACCCAAACUUCUUUUUUAGAUUUAGAUUGGAUGAAAAAGGUAAAUUGAGGAGUUUAUUUUGGAGGGACUCUAUGAUGAUGGAAGACUAUGGAAUUUUUGGAGAUAUAGUGGUUUUUGACACGACGUAUAGAACAAACAGGUAUAACCUAAUUUGUGCUCCAAUAGUUGGAAUAAACAACCACUGGAACAAUUGCAUGUUUGGUUGUGCAUUCAUAGGAGAUGAAAAGAUUGAGUCGUUUGUGUGGCUUCUACAAACUUUCAAAAAGUCAAUGGGGGGAAAAAGUCCAAUAUCAAUCUUUACAGAUCAAGAUGCAGCAAUGAACAAUGCCAUCAAUCAGGUCUUUCCAGAUUCAAGAGACAGAUUAUGUGUAUGGCAUUUGCAUCAGAAUGCUAUUACCAGAUUUGGGGCAUUGAAACGAGAUCCAACUUUUAAGAAGACAUUCAACUAUUGCUUGUAUAAGUGUGUCACAGUAGUUGAAUUUGAAACCAAUUGGAGAUCAAUGCUGCAACAAUAUGAGCUGAUAGGGGAAGAGUGGUUUACAAAUGUAUACGAUUUGAGAGAAAAAUGGUGCCCUGCGCUAAGCAAAGACUUCUUUUCAGCUGGGAUUUUGUCUUCACAACGAAGUGAAAGCACUAAUCACGCCAUCGGAUUUAGAGCAAACAGAGCAACCAGUUUAACUGAUUUCUAUAGAUUGUUCAAAGGUACAAUACAACGUUGGAGAAGUACAGAAAAGCAAGCUGAAUUCUCUUGUAGUAAAUCGGUUCCAUCCUCGGCUUUACCACUAUCUGGAUUGUUGAAACAUGCAUCAGAAGUUUACACGUUGUCACUAUUCAGAGACUUUGAGGAGGAAUUUGGAUAUUCAAUUGCAACAACAGCAAAAUUAAUUUGGAAACAAGAAAAUACUGAGUUCUAUGCUGUGUCCAUUGAUGAAGAACCUUGGUCUGCACAGAGAGUAACAUACAUCCACGAGAGCCAAACAGUAUCAUGUACGUGUAAAAACUUUGAAGCUUCAGGAUGGUUGUGCUACCACUGCAUUAGGAUAUUGCACCUUCAUUCGGUUAACCGGAUUCCAGAACAGUACAUCAAAAAGAGGUGGACAAAAUCUGCCAAGUCAUCAGUUUGGAACAAAUUAGAAAAUGAAAAACCAGAAGAGGUGCAGUACACACCUUGGCGCCAAACCAUGGCUAGGAAAUACUACAACCUUAUCUUGAAAAGCCAAUCAAAUGAGGAGACAAGAACCCUUAUGGAGGAUGGUUAUGCCGCUAGUGUGUCUCUGGUUGAUGAACUUCUAGCGUCAUUAAAUGUUUCAAACACUGACGACGCUUCAACCACAGAAACAAGUGCAACAGCAGCACCUGAAACAAGUGCAACAGCAGCACCUGAAACAAAUGCAACAGCAGCAUAUGAAACAAACUCAGCACCAGCAGGUUUCUUUGCCGUCCGUUUGGUAGGAGCUUGCUUCUUCUCUGGUGGUCCUACAUUUUCGGGGACAGAUGCAUCUGCUACAUUCCUUUUAAGACGUUUUCUUGAAGUAAAAGUCUUCAACGGUUGUUUGUUGCCCUCUGCCGCAUUAUCAUUCACAUCUGCCACAUUGUUAUUCAUCUCUGCCAUAUUACCCUCUGGUUUCUCGUUCUCAUUGGCAUUCUCCUGUGCAAUUUUACCCUCUGGUUUCUUGUUCUCAUUGGCAUUCUCCUCUGCUUUCUUUUCAACUUCCUUCUCCUUUUUGGCAGCUUCUUUCUUCAACUUCCUAUCAUUUGCCAAUUUUUGCUUCCUCCUGGUUACCACAUGUGGAUAGACAUCUACUCGUUUGGAAUUGAAAUCAGCAAGUUUAUUGAGAACUUCUGCCCGUUUGUCAU